CUGCCUGUGUUGUGGCCGGAGGAAUCAUGUGAGCCAGCGGAUACUGCUCCACCUGAAUGAACACACACUUCUCGAACAGCAGUCGGGUCGCGUUUUUACGUCUUAUUUUGCGGUGUUUAGUGUUCUAUAAACGCGGAAGUGGACGUGCUUCAUGCUGCUCCUGGUCGCCUCAUUCAUCUGAUCUUAGAUUAGUAAUGUUUCCUGGAAAUCGGGCUUGAUUUUUCUUCUCCUCCGUCAGCUUCAGACAUUCGGAUAAAGUCCAGUCCUGUCCUGUCCAGAAGAUUAACAGCUUUAUAACUACCCUAUGAAGAGGCUGAGCACUGAAUAAGGAACCUAAUUAUAUAUUUAUAUCUUUUAUAUUAUUAUUUGUGGGGGAAAAUGAACACGGAGAAAGAUUUUUCCCCUUUGACUCCGAACAUUGUGAGAGCUCUCAAUGACAAACUGUAUGAGAAAAGGAAAGUGGCCGCACUGGAGAUUGAAAAACUCGUGCGGGAGUUUGUGGCUCAGAACAACUCGACUCAGAUCAGACAUGUCAUUCAGAUCCUGGCGGCAGAGUUCGCGCUCUCGCAGCACCCACACAGUCGGAAAGGAGGUCUGAUCGGACUGGCCGCCUGCUCCAUCGCUCUCGGCAAAGAUUCUGGCUUGUACCUGAAAGAGCUGAUCGAGCCGGUGCUAACCUGCUUUAAUGACUCGGACAGCCGCCUGCGGUAUUACGCCUGUGAAGCUCUCUACAACAUCGUGAAGGUGGCCCGGGGAGCCGUGCUUCCUCACUUUAACGUGCUGUUCGAUGGCCUUAGUAAGCUGGCAGCCGACCCGGAUCCCAACGUGAAGAGUGGCUCCGAGCUGCUUGAUCGGCUACUGAAAGACAUAGUGACAGAAAGCAACAAGUUCGACCUGGUGGCGUUUGUUCCUCUGUUACGUGAGAGGAUUUACUCCAACAACCAGUACGCUCGCCAGUUCAUCAUCUCAUGGAUCUUGGUGCUGGAGUCAGUUCCAGACAUCAACCUGCUCGACUAUCUGCCUGAAAUCCUAGAUGGCCUCUUUCAGAUCCUCGGAGACAGCAGCAAAGAGAUCAGGCGCAUGUGUGAGGUGGUUUUAGGAGAAUUUCUCAAAGAAAUCAAGAAAACACCUUCCAGCGUAAAGUUCGCUGACAUGGCCAACAUCCUGGUCAUCCACUGCCAAGUGUCCGAUGACUCCAAAAUGACUAACGAUCUGAUCCAGCUGACGGCUAUGACCUGGAUGAGGGAGUUUAUUCAGCUGGCAGGGCGAGUGGUCCUGCCUUAUUCCUCUGGCAUUCUAACAGCAGUGCUGCCCUGUUUAUCCUACGAUGACCGCAAGAAGAGUACUAAAGAGGCCGCAAGCGCCUGCAACCACAGCCUCAUGAAGCUUGUGACCCCUGAGGAUGAUGAAGAUGACGAGUCACAGACGAUGAGCUCUCCUAUGAGUACAGACACGGCCACUAAGACUGAAGUGGAUCUUAAUGAUUCACUAAACGCCUCUCAGGAGUCAGUGGGUUUAAGUAACAUUUCCUUCUUCACACCAACAGGAAAUGACAGGACCCACGUGACCCUGGACCUCGACAGCAUCGUGCAGGUUCUGGACAGACAUUUACACGACUCUUCGACCGGAAUGAUGACACGUAUCGCUGUUCUGAAGUGGCUGUAUCAUCUCUACAUCAAAACACCUCGCAAAAUGUUCCGGCAUACAGACAGUCUGUUCCCCAUGCUGCUGAAGACUCUGUCUGAUGAGUCUGAUGAGGUCAUCCUGAAAGACCUGGAAGUUCUAGCAGAGAUUGCGUCCUCCCGGGCCGGACAAACUGAGAUGUCGGAGCUGUGCGAAGGAGCCAAUAAAACCGAACUUCACAUUCCAGAAGGAGGCAAACAAGCGCAGAAACAGCUGGGGCCGUGUGCCAAAGUGGUCGACUCCUCACCCUCGACUCCCAGCAUGAACUCCUACUUCUACAAGUUCAUGAUCAACCUCUUAAAGCGCUUCAGUCUGGAACGAAAGCUUCUGGAAACCAGAGGGGCCUUCAUCAUUAGACAGCUGUGUCUCCUCCUACACGCAGAGAACAUCUUCCACUCCAUGGCUGAGAUCCUGCUGAAGGAAGAGGACCUUAAGUUUGCGUCCACCAUGGUACAGACGCUCAACAGUAUUCUGCUCACUUCAGCUGAGCUCUUUCAGCUCCGGAACCAGCUCAAAGACCUGCGCACACCUGAGAGCUGUUCUCUGUUCUGUUGUCUAUAUCGUUCCUGGUGCCAUAAUCCCGUGGCCACAGUCUCGCUGUGCUUCCUGACUCAGAACUACCACCACGCGUAUGACCUCAUCCAGAAGUUCGGUGAUCUGGAGGUGACUGUGGAUUUCCUGAUCGAAGUAGACAAACUGGUGCAGCUCAUCGAGAGUCCCAUUUUUACAUACCUGCGGCUGCAGUUGCUGGACGUGGAGAACAACCCGUAUCUGAUUAAAGCUCUGUACGGACUGCUGAUGCUGCUACCGCAGAGCCAGGCCUUCCAGCUGUUGUCUCGCCGCCUGCGCUGUGUCCCAAAUCCAGAGCUCAUGAGGACGGUGGGUGACUCCGAGCAAACCAGUGUCAAACGUCCAACCCAGCCGCAGGUCGACUACAAAGAGCUGCUGCAGCAUUUCGAGCAUGUGCAGAGUAAACACCGCGAGGUACGGCACCAGAGAACAGGCCACUCCGAUCAUCCGGAUCGCAAGCUGGUGCUCUGAGUGCUCUCUGGAUGAGACAUGGCACUAUGAUGGACCACUAAGUGGAUAUUUUAGUGGAUUAGCGCAUUAGUCCUACUCUAGGAGCGGAGGACAGAGAAUGUUUCUUCUUUUAAAUGUUUAAAGUGCUUUGUCAUUUAAAUGAUCAAGAUUUGGAAUGUAUAUAGAGACUCAGGAAACUGCAGUCACACUUGUUUAGACGUUUUAAGCCAGAUUACAUCACCUCUAGUCUUAUGCAUUCAUUUACCAUAGUAACAUAACACACUAUCCACUAUGUACAGAACAUUAUGUGCAUUCCCAGCUCAAGAGUUUUGUCAUGUAUCAAUAGAACAGUACAGAUAAUAGUAGACUGUAAUCAUUUUAAUGAGUCUGUGUGUACGUGUGCGAGUGUGUAUCUUAAUGUAACUUGCAUUCCUUGUUCACAACAGAGCAUGUGUCUUGUGUAGCGCCAUAGAUGCAGAACGCAUUAAACAUGGGACAGUUUAAACUUGAGCGCAAUUAAUACUAGACAAUUAUACUAUGGAUAUACUGGUUUUAUGGCGUAAUCAGUGAUCUGAUACACAUGUGCUGCGAUUGAAGAAUUAAUUUUUGUAAAUUAUCAUGUUCUGAAGAGACGUAUUUAAUAAAGUGGGUCAUGUGUAA